UUGUUAGUCUUUAGACGACGCUCGUUCGGUUAAGAACAUUGGUUUGACGGUCUCGUGCUGGGUCAUUAGUUCGGUGGCAGGUUGUUUGCAUGUAGCUACGGAGAUAGCAUUUUUGGAUACUAUUCAAAUCGUCUCGUGCCCCUCCAUUCAGGUGCCUCUUGAUUGAGGAUCUGAACCUGAACCGUUCCGUUCAGUUUUCAGUGGGAAAAUUAAAAACAUCGAAAGAAAGCCGGCAGUUGGCAGUUUGUUGAUAGGUUGCUGGUGCUGCGUUUCAACAGUGGCCAGUGAAGUGCGACGAGAGGCUUGUUCUACAACGAGAAGGUUUUGUUGUCGCUCGGUGUACUGCUGUUGUUGGGGCGGUAGUCUGUUGUGUUGUUCAUGCAUUCGGUUCUUUGUCGUGGGGAAGUUGAUUGAAUAAUUGCAUUUUUUUAAGAGUGAAUAAUCAACGAAUUGGUGUGACGUAUUGUUUUGGUGAAGGUUGGUUGGAUCUUUGUGCAACGGUAAUCUCCGACUGGAAGAUAGAAUUCUGUCGUGGAGUUUUGUAUAAAUACUUGCGACGCCCAACUAUCACAGGAUACAAAGAGAAACGUCAAGAAGUUAAGUGGUUGUGUGAUCUCAUACUAGCGAUCACUUGAUCGUACAGGUGUGCAGAAGUGUUGUCGAUUCGGUUGUGGUGGUGAAAGAUUUGAAAAGGCGAGUGAGCAUGAAGAUCAACUCCAAGUGGUUCAGUGCAAUGUCUGGCGGUGGUGGAGGUUCCAUAAGCUCCACCACUACAGCGCUUGCUUCGCUGUUGAUGUUGUUGACGACAAUGAUGACUCCGAUGGUUGCAUCUAGAACGCCGAUUGCAAUGACGCUGGAGGAACACAUAAGCACCGAUCCCGAUUUAUCACAGUUUUUCGAUUUGAUUGAGCGAAAUCCUAUAGCGUCAGCGAAUUUGAAACUGCGAUCGUUGACCAUCUUCGCGCCAACAAAUCAAGCGUUCCAGCGGUACCUCGGCAACAAGACAUCAGUACAAUACCACAUGUCUAAUGUCGCCACAACACUGGAACAGCUAGGUACGAUCAUAACAUCGGACUACGAUGGCAACCCGCCGAUCUAUGUAACGCGAAAGCGUCAACCGAUUGGAACUGAGGACAUUUAUGUCAACAACGCUAAAAUUAUUCGCAGUCGGUCCAACGUGCAACUGUCCAAUCAAUAUGGAAAGAAGCAGGUGCUGCACAUAAUUGAUGACGUUUUAACACCCUUGACGGCCAAUCCAUCAACCUCGUUCGAGAUAUACAAUCCGGACGCUUACCAAUUCAUCCUGCAUGCCGAAAAUAUGGACAUCAGUCAGCAUCGAAUUCGCUCGUUCCGGCAUAAAAUGACGAUGGCCAAGAAAGAGGACAUAUACCGUGCAGUUGGUGGUCAUACUUUCCUUAUCCCAGUUGAGGAAGGUUUCAAGCCCCCACCACGACCGGAUAUGAUUGAUCGUAAAGUGAUCGAUGGUCACGUUAUUCCAAAUCGUGUCAUUUUCACAGCGCCAGCACCACUGGAUGAUCCUCUAGAAACACUAGCGUUUGAAGAUAACCUCAAGGUUACGAUCACGUUCUUCAAACAAGGCGAGGGCAAGAACGCAAAAGUAUACGUUCGCUCCAAUACAGUGAUUGGGGACUCAAAACAUGCAUCCGGUGCGGUGUUGGCAGAAAUAGUCAAAGCAAACAUCCCGGUCCGGAACGGAGUGGUCCAUCUGAUUCAUCGGCCAUUGAUGGUCGUGGAUACAACGGUUCUGCAGUUCCUGGAGCACUUUAAAACUCAUGGUUUCGAGAAUCACGAAACAGAUGACGAACAAUUUGACAUCCCCAGCAAGGAAAAGGAGGACGGGCCGCUUUUCAAAUUCUACGAAUUGAUUGCUGACUACGCGCCGGACUUCUUCAAAACCAUGAGCAACCUUCAGCAGAUGACACUGUUCGCUCCUAGCAACGAAGCGUUAAGCCAUCCAAUAGUUAACAAUUUCAUCAGGAGCCGUGAAAAGCUACGGGAAAUCCUAAACCUGCAUCUGGUGCGAGACAGUAUCACGACCGACAAAAUCCGCAAGAACAAUCAAAACCAGAUCUACCAGGUGCCAACUGGGGCCGACAAGAAGUUUCUGUACUUCAACGUCAUCAACAACCGAUACGACCACAACCAGACAAUCACCGUGGAAGGGGGUGGCGUCAAUGCAACAAUCAUCCUCAGCGACAUCGCCGCGACCAAUGGCUAUCUGCACAUAAUCGACCGCGUGCUGGGGAUUCCGUACAUGACCGUGCAGGAGAAGAUAGAAACCGAUCCGAUGCUGAACUUAACCUACCAAUUCGGUCGCCUGAACCAUUUCAACGAACAAUUGAACAAAACCACCAAGCGAUUCACUUAUUUCAUCCCCCGUGACAAGGCAUGGAUGCAAUGGUUCCACGAACACCAAGGAGCGAAUUUGGCUGAUUUUCUAUUCGACAAAGAUCAGUCCAGAUCUGUUCUGGAGCGUCACCUUGUGGUAGCGGAUCGAGUGUUUACCAUGUCCGAUCUGCGGAGCAUGUCCAACGAUUCUCUCAUCCUGCCAACUGUCGGACCACAUAAUCUACAGAUCCGAGUGAAGGAAGAAGACCGGAGAUUCUUCAUCCAAUGGAGGGAAACGAACAAGUGGAUUCCCGUUUUUCGACCAGACGUCGAAUGUACGAAUGGCGUGAUCCACGUGAUUGAUGCCCCCCUUGUGCGUGAUCAUGACAUCACGACCAGCGGAAGCAGCAGCAUAAGUAUUUACACGACCACUAUGGUUAUCACAUUAGCAAACACCGUUUUAUUGUCGGCUCUGGUGCUGCUAUAAGGACCUGUCCACCGCGGUAGAUAGGGUAGGAGCUUAUUCUCUUAGAUAUUUUGAAGAUCAUACCGAAAAAAGAAGAGCAUAGUGUCACCAAUGAGAUGUCACGAAUGGACAGAGGAAAGUCAAACAUUAGAAUUAAUAGAAUAUUUUUCUUUCGUUUCUAUAUACAAUUGGAACAAAAGCAUAGCGAGUAAGAAGGCAACCAAGCAUAAGGAACGUGGUAAACCAACAUUAGAUGAUGGUGGAUUAAUUUUUAGCAUCGACGCAAAUCUUGACUGGGAGUAUUUACCCUUCAUACUUAUACAGAAAGGGAGACUGAUCCAAGUGGAUGGUUUUAUGACACAGUGGUUCAAAAAAUAAACAUAUUUUAAGUUGUUUGUUCAAUCAAGGUUUGGUUCAUUUUUACAAAUUCCAUCUAACAUACAUUAAUUUAUGCAAAUUUCACUGUGUUUGCAACAGCAGAGGAUUUAAGUAGUCAUUUUACAGGUUCACAGAAAAAUUUUCGGUGGAUUACCGAACAGUUGUACUGUUCAAAAAUAUGUGAACUGAAUUAGGGUAAUUGUACAAUGAAUCCCAAUCAACAGUGUGACACAUUUAUUAUUUUUCUAACAGUAGUACUGAAACUUUAUUCGAUUAUUUAGUAUAAGUAUGCAAAUGAUUCCAUUGUAUCACCACAAUGUGCGUAAUGGAUCUCUUAAUAAGUGCUCUUGAAAAUCACUGAAAAAGUCACGUGGUUUCCAAGAUGGCCAAUUGUUGGCUCUGUUGAUGAUCACCUGAAAUUUAAAUAGUUGAAAAUCACUUUUGAAACUAAAUAUGUGGUCAAAUUCUGACGACAGCAUUCUACUUUAUAUAUUGCACGCUAAUUAUUUUCAGUAUUCGUACUAAGAAAUGAAUGCUUGACCACUUAACCACUGUGUCUCUGUGAAUGGAAAGAAAAACAUUUCCCUCUUGGAAGGAUUAUUUUUUGCUAUCGGCAUCACCACGUAUCUCUUGAAUAGCAGCAAAAGCUGCCGGCCUGCACCAUGAGCAGGGCAACAUUCCCGCCGUCGGGCAAGCUGUAUUUUCUGGCGAACGAGUGGAUUAAGCUCUUCUACUUCGUUGGUUGUAGUAUUUUCAAAACCACCCAUUGUUCAUGCAUUUUGCACCACUCUAUGGCAGAAAAAAAACCUCUCAAAUAUUUCGCCAAUAAUUAAACUGACUGUUUCCUCGGACUCCUUCUCGGAAUGGUUUCCUUCCAGUGCUUUUAGGAUAGAACUACUCGACAGCUAUGCGAUCUGACUUGGUUAAUGCAAUCUAUUGCGAAUAAAUAGAUUCCACGAAAAUUGUUAACAUUCGGUGUUUUUCCCUCUACUUAUUUUCCAAGAUUCAUUUGAUUUUGAAACCAUCAAAUAAUCACCGAAUGUUAAAAGUAAACAAACUACUGCCGUUUAUUAAAAAAUCAAUCAGACGAACUAAGGACGAAACAGGAUUUAAAACAGGAUAUAUGUCUUGUAACCUAGAAACAAAUAAUAAAAACAAUAAUAUCCGUAUUAGGAAUCAUCCAUCGGUAUCAUCGGAUCAUCAUAAUAAUUAAGCCCUAUUGACAUGCCAACAAGCUGAUAGAAUGAUUAAAUGUGAAUUUCGAAGGUUUUCGUGUGUAAAGUCACUAAUAUAGUAUUUCAAAUUAAUUUAAAUUUGGGAGGCUGUACCGGUAGUCGUGGAAUUCCAAUUUGGGGUAGCGGUACAGCAACCCUAAUUUUUCCGAUUUUUUUUUUCAAACACGCCGGGGAUAUUAGUCAAAAUUAAGUUGAUAUGGUUAUCAAAUAUGUGAUUUAUGAGUUUUUGUGCACAUUUGUGCCAAUAACACUAUCUGAUAUGUGAGAACGAACAUAAACGUUAUGAUUAAUUAGGUCAAAUUAAAAUUGGAUUUCCACAUACAUGUCAUUUGAAUUUCUGUAGCCAGCAUAAAAGGUAAUGCUAUAUCAAAAGUUUAUGUUGAUCACACAUGAAUACAAUUUGAUUAUUAUAAUCAGCUCAGCUUUUUGGUUCAAUAAUUCAACUGUUGCCUUUUCAAAAGUACGCCCCACUUGGCACACUUCUUCGUGCUGUAGUAAUCGAUGUAGAACCAAUUCGUGUUGUAUGUGAUUCUACAGUAAGUCAGUGACGACCAAUAUCCCCAUCGUAAGCAAAGCACACUGUUAUCAUAAAGGGCUGAUAUGGAACCGACUGGUAUUCCCGGUAGACUAUUGCGCUUCGAAACAUCGCUUUGAUCCUGUGCCGAAAAUGGAAACAUUUCCAGUAAUACUUGUCGUAUUUCAUAAUUUGUCGCUUGAUGGAUACAAUUUCAACAGAAUUACAAUUAUCAUCAUAUUUUAAUUGAAAAACAAGUUUCCGUGAUUUUAUUAAAAAAUGAGAAAUAUCUCAAAUAAUCGCUUUUUAUUUACAAUAAAGCAAGUGAGAAAUAGACAAAAAUAUAAUUAAAACUAUCGAGCUAAGUAUGUGUGAGCAAAUGAAUGGCAAAUUGUUGGCAACGUUAGAUUUUCGAACUGAAUUUACAUGUCAGGAAUCUACGGCGAAAAUACUACUUUCGAAACUCGAAACUGAUAUGUUUAUUAAAGUUCCCAUCAACCCCUCUUAGUUAUCGGAAAAUGUUUCGGGAAUAUGACAUGUUUUCUACUAAAAUUAUAAAACAACCAUCAGUGCAAUUAUUUUCGAUUGAAAAAAUGUUAUACCACUCAAGAGUUCAUUUACUUAAGCCAACCUCAAUCAGUUGGUGUGCCUUAUUGGAGAAAAGCAAAGCAUGAGUGUGUAAACAAAAAUAAAAUUCUUUCGAAUUAUGUAUUUCAAACGGAACAGUCCUCGACAAUUCUAUUGCCAUUCAUUUGCUAAAAAAAAACUAUUUUCAAUUAGCGAUAAUUGUUGAAAUAAGUAAAACAAAAUGAUUCAUGUAAGAAAUUUACAAACGGAGAAAAAUGAACGUGACAAAUUAUUUGUAACCGGAAUUUAAGUACACUCAUUGCCUUUCGUAACAAAAUAUGAAAAAUGUAAAAAAAAUAAGUGACAUUACGUAUAAGCUAUUAAUGGACUUGUAAAGUUUAAAAUGAUAUAUUUUGCGAAUAAAAAAAUAUAUUUAUGCUGUAAGAACUCCAAAGUACCCUAAAAUGAUAUUUUCAAGAUAUUUUUAUUAAAAUUUCUAAGGAUGUGUAAUGUUUUGUGCUAAUUUAUUUAUAGUAUCAUACUAUCAUAACUACAGACAAAAACAGAAUAUGUUUGAAGAAGUUCAAAAAACAUCUACGUACGCCAACGCUAACCUAAUAUGUUUUCGCGAGAUUGUUAGGAAAAUUGUCAUUCUACGUAUAACAAAACUUCAUUCUCUCGAAUCACCAUCUAUUCAAUAGUUGUUAAUAAAAUCAUCCAAACAUUCACAGCCGUAACAAUUAAUAAGAUGUUAGUGGUACUCGACAACAUGUAAAUUCCCCUAGCAGCUCAUCCAAUUACUAGUUCAAAUAGUAUUACACGUUCUAGAUAAAUCAAAAAAGAGUAUUUAAAAGGAAAUAUGAAAUUUGGCAUAUAAUAAGACAGCAUCUCACAACAAAACUGAUCGUCGAUUCCCGCUUGAUAAAAAAAAGUACACUAAAAGCCAAUAUAUACUACACAAGAGAAAAAAACAUGGAAUUGCAUCAACAACUACAGUGGCUAUGGCAAGCGCAGAAGAAAAAUAUUGUAACAUAUGAACAUUUAUGUCCAUACCAGGUGCAAAUCGUAAAACAAUCGUAUAAAUGAAGAGUGUGUGCUAAUCGUAUAAAUACAGAUGCGAAUCACGUCAGGAAUGUUCGGAUCUGUUCCUUCUGAAUGAUUUGAAUCCCAUGAGUCGAUAAUAAACUAUUCAUACAUGCUGAGAUUGAUAUAUGAAAGCGA